AUGGACAAAUUGAAGGCUUUAAUUACAACUGUGUCUUUCUCAAACAGAAUACAAAGCCAAUAUCUAAUCUCUAUGAAGAAGCUAAAUACCAAUGUCUUAAAUUAUAUCCCUGUAUUUUCAUGA